ACAACUCUCUCAUAGUUGUAAACAAUAUAUUCUAUCAUAUUCGACGUAAAGCUAUUAAUACAUUUUCUUUUGUUAUUGUGUUCUCAGGGACUAUAAUGUUCCUUAUAUUUUUGAUAUUGAAAUCUCUGAACGAUUGUGACACGGAAGAUGAUGACAUGGAGAGUUUACCAUUGGUAGCAGGACAAGAAGUAGUCACCAUCUGGACGCCGUUGGUCUACGAGCCGUCGGGGGUAACGGGGAACAAAGAUUUUGCAACGGCGUCGUUUAGCUCCGCGGAGGAUGUGGACUACUCGACAUUGUGUGUAAUAUGUUUCGAGGAACGGAGAAACUGUUUUUUCGUACCGUGCGGUCACUCUGCCACUUGUAAGGGAUGUGCGCUGAGGAUCAUGUCGGAAGAAAAUAAGGUGUGUCCGAUUUGCCGGAGGGUAAUACGCAAAUCUAAGAGAUUACCGCUGAAUCUUUGAACGUUGUUGCUAUUUCCAAGCCACCAUUUUUGUCUCAUGAUCACAAGAAAAGUUUUCAAUCAUCAUGUGUGCUCAUCAUUCACAACAUUUGUUUAGAGAAAUGAUAUGCCCAUGAGAGUUUACAUAUCAAUAAAGAAGAAGCAGAGGACAGAAGAGGGAGUGAAGAAUUGAUGAUGAUCUGGCAAUUUGGAUGAGUUUUAGCCAAUAAUAAUAUAUUGAGUCGGCUGUAAAGGAGCCUUGAGAUAUAAAAGGAACUUGUGAGUUAGUUAGGGAGGUUAUUCAUUUGGAGUGUAUGAUAGUGGCUUGAUUCUCUGGGUGUAGAGAUUCAAGAGUGGUGGUCUUCAAGCUUAUACGCUUGGGCUUGUGUUCGUGGUUUGCUAUCAAUACGAUUGGAGUGUUCUUAUCAAGGAACCAUUUGCAAUAGUAUAUAGAAUGACAGUAUUAAACCAUUUAGAUGAGAAUAUUAUAUCAUUCUUUCAGAUAACUACAUCUUGCAUCAUUUGAAGGCCAUAUCAUUAUAAUAUAUCACUAUCAUGCAUUAUAUAUGUUCGAAUACGGAUAAUAACACAAUAGCAACAGUGACACCAACCACUACACUAUCAAAUUGUUGUUUGUUUGAUCUAAGAGCGAUGAAAUUAUUAAAGUUCAUAAAACUUACUUUCACAAUGCCAAUUGACAAGUAUGAACCAUAAGGAAACUUGAAAUAAAUCUAUAACCCACACGCACAUGACACGACACUAUGAGUCAAAAAACAUAACCUACGCAACAAGCAAGAAUUACUAUUGGUCCUUGAGAUUACAUUGGUGAUGCUAAGAGGCUUUAUAGUCUUUUUCGUACUGGACUAGACGGGAAUAAGGUUUAUAUACGUUCUCAUUGUGGUCAUUCGAGCCCUCAAGUUUUCUAUUUUUUUGGAGAAAUCAUUUGGAUGGUUGUUUCUCCUGCUAGUGCUAGAUAUCAAGGACUUGUUAUAUAGCCUGAUUAAGAACCAAACUGCAAGAUAUUGUUUGUAAGAGCAUCUCUAAAAGACGCUCUAUAAACUUUAAAUAUGAAGUUUUUUGCUUUCCAAAAAUGAACUUCAAAACUUCAAAUGUUUUGAGGAGUGAAACUCUAUAUUUGAAGUUUUACUACUCAAAACUUCAAAUUUGAAGU